GCCUGUGCGGGCUUUCUACGUGAGAAGUGUCGACGGUUUCAAGAUACGCGAGGUCUCCAUCUCACGCUACAACAUUCCUGUUACUCCCGAAUGGCCGUGGUGUGGCAGGUCAUGCACAAUUCCGAUUCAGGCGAACCGCGCUACAUCAGCGACGCGUACGAGCUUGAAGGGUUUGAACUACCGAAAAUUGAGGUCGACCCCGUCAAGUUUGCGGCUGAGCUGGAAUCUUACGAAGACCUCAAGCGGCGACUCGUUGUGGAUGCUGCCCUGUUUGGCGCAGUCGGCGCUUUCGCGGCGUUCCAGGUCGGCGUUCGCUAUUCGUUUCUUGCCUUCAUGACAAUAUACCAGAUAUUUGGAGCGGAUCAAGGGUUGCUCUUUGCGCUGGGUGCUCUCGCCUCUGUGGCCUACGUGAUCCUCCUGGAGAAGACGGCAGACGACGUCGCGAGCGGCAAGCAGGACGUCGCCACCAAGCUUAAGGGUGACGCGCGUUUCGCUGUCCCGGUGGUGCUCGUCCUUGCCUUGGCGGCUAAGAACUACCUCGCGAACCCCGACGGUGCGGUGCUAUUCAAGCUGAUCCCCAAACAUGACUUUGCUGCGCUUAUGAUAGGGUUCAUAGCCCCUGCCAGGUUGCCGCUUCUAUACCGAGAGGUGAAGUCAUCUCUCAAGGGUGACGACGUGCUGGAUAUGCUUCCCGGGUCCAUUGGACAAGGCCGGGCAAUUUUGAGGAGCAUGGGCGAAUCGAGCGGGGCAUCAGCCGAUGGGGCCGUAGAAAUGGCAGGACCACAAGCCACCCGAGUUAUUGUCGUGUCGGGGCCAAAAUGUCUGGGGAAAACCACGCUCGUCAAUAAAAUUUUAGCCGAGGAUAGCCGCUUGGCGCAGCCGCCUUGGUGUACAACACGGCCACUACGGGCUUCAGAGGUCGACGGGAAAGACGCCUUUUUCACAAGGCAGGUCAAGUUCGAAGAACUCGAGCGGAAGGGCAGCUUUUUGCAUGUCUACAAAGACGAAAGCGGGGAGUCGUACGGGUUGAGGCUUGAGGACAUUUUCGCGAUCGCCGAGAAGGGCAAGGUGUGCGUCGUUGACGCGGAUAUGGCGUUGGUGAAAGCUUUAACGAGCGUGGGUGACUUGGCGCUCAUCGGUGUGUGGGUAAGCCUUGACUCGAUAGAAUCAAUUGAGGAACGGAUACGGACAACGCUCAUCAGCGCCGGGGCUGCAAAAGACUCGCCCACCCUUGAGGCUGAUGUGCGAGGGAUGGUCAGACAAGCCGUGGAAGACAUAGAGUAUGGUGUCAUGAGCGGGGUGUUCGACUUCACCGUCAUCAACAACAGCGACGAAGAGGAGUCGAUGGAGACUGUGCGCAGGGCUGUCGAGUUUGCUACCACUAAAUAAACAGCGUUACGGUUUGUGUU